UGUUUACAUCGUCAUUAUCGUCACAUCUUCAUCUUGGUCUACAUGCUAGUUGAGCCGUCAAAAACCUUCUUUUCUCCGGCCAGAAUACUGCCUUACUACGCGGUAUCCUCCUUGCACCAUCUUAUUUCAUUCAUGGCACGACUUAGAGACGGUGUCUGCGUUGACGCCGCACUCUAUUUCCCAGAAAAAGUGCGCGCCCUCAAUGCUUGUAGUACCAUACCACACUGUGACAAAGCCAGGUAAAUCAUCCAUGAUGGCAAAGUGCGCGAAUACAGCGAGCGCUUUUCGUUUCUAGUUGACACAAACCGAGGCUUUCAUGAGCUUUCGAAUUCCAGUAUCAUGUUGGCGAAGACCACGAGUUCACCCGUUCCAAUGCCGUGCCUUGGCCAAUCAUCAGAACCCGUCUGGGCUGACAACUCGCCUAGGCUGGUAGUAAGAAUCUAGUUCUCUUAGUCUAGAUAGUUGCAGCAACAUGACAAGUCAGUUACAAGUCAUGUGUACCAAAAAGUCUCCAUGUACAUUUCUACCACUUGGUAGAAAUGUGGACGGUCGGAUGAGCGCACGACCGCGACCACCCUGUUGACCCCCACAUGGAGGCGCCAAUUUCACAUGUCAGACAAUUUGUCCUUGGUUUUGCCACAGUCCCAGUCGCGCAGCACACGCACGAGCAGUACCCAAAGCAAGCAGCGCCGCAUUCCAUCGUCGGUACCUCUCUUCUUCCUGACAAACAAAAGCCUCUCUGUUUCGUCUCUACUACAACAGCACAGGGAAGCCAACAACCUGUUCGCUUGCCAUGCCAUCUUUGAACCUCUGUCACAUUUCAUUUUGUCCCAAACUAUCUACCUCAACUUGGGUGCGCAUCUUCACCUGACAGUCGGUGCGAUCGGGCGACUCGGUCUCGUCCAAUGAAGCAUUAUCCCUGAGAUCCACCAAAGCAUUAAUCACAUGCUUGUCCCAGAAACACAAGCAAGCAAGCUUCCUUUGUUCACAGCAGCUCAACCCACCUAACCCGCCUUUCCACAGGUUUGCUACCUAGGCCAGACGAUCCAACAUCUGAACAAAUUGCACGUUCGCUUCCAUUGAAGCUGCCAAAGACAUGAACUGCCACCUCUCAUAGCCUCCAGAUGCGCCAAUUAAUAUCAGCGUUCAUUACUCUGCGCAGCCGACACUGAGUUCGGCAUAAACGUAACAAGCCGCUUGUACCUCUCGACGGGAUCGAUCGGUCAACAUUGCGGCUCUGCGCCAGCCCACGGCCACGGCCGGCCGUCACGUAACAGACAGCCAAUCGGCCGAGACAGAUUUUAUACACUGCCGCCAUGAUAGACCACGUACUCGGGAGACCCUCGACCAAGUCGAGGCGACUCCAAAUAUUAGCCGUCUUGACGUUCUGGACAUUCUACCUGUCAAAAGGGAACAAACAUGGCCCACCUGGGCUUCGCUACUUGUCGAAGCUGCUCACCAAGCGGCUCACGGCUUGGCAAACGAUUGUCAUUACCAUGUCAUACCUAUAUGCGGCUCGCAACUUCAGCACGUUGGUGGGACUGUCGGCCCCCGAGCCACUCGCCAAUAUGUAUGAGGCCACAUACUUUAGAGCUACGUGGGUUCUUACGGCUCUCGACGCGGGCUUCUGGACCGCCAUGAAGAUUCGUAACAAGUGGUUGAGGAAUAUAUGCAGCAUCGUCUUCACCGUGUUCUACUUGUUCCAGGCCGAAGCGGCCGACGAACGGGUUCGAAAGGUUCGCAGCAACUUGAACAUUGACUACCUCAGGGUCAGCUGGAAUAAGGGUGUCACACCUUACCUGUCCUUCCUGACGAGGCUCGUGAGGCCGCGUUACACCCGCUGGCCCCCUCGGCAGAUCAGGAUUCCGCGACCCUCUACCAGUGACUUCCAGGAGCCCGUAUCUGGCUGGCUUUAUUUUGAUGGGCCCUUGGCAGACCUAGUGCACCAUAAUCGUAUCGUACUCGACGUGCCUGGCGGUGGGUUUGUAGCCAUGGAUCCGCGAUGCAACGACGACAGGCUGAUGGCUUGGGCUGGCAAGACUGGCAUACCAAUCCUCAGCUUGGACUACGGCAAGGCUCCCGAGUACCCGUAUCCAUAUGCAUUGAACGAAUGCUACGACGUUUACACUACCAUCAUCAACAGCAAGGGGCGCUGUAUUGGAAUGUCUGGCACCGAGGUCCCCAAGGUCAUCAUCAGUGGCGACAGUGCGGGCGGCAAUCUCGCCACCUCGACGACGCUCAUGAUCAUUGAGAGUGGAAGUUCACCCGUACGCCGCUUUCAGGGACAGACUGACCUGCCACUACCCGACGCUGUUAUUCUCUUCUAUCCUGGUCUUGACAUGAACAUUGGCAACUGGAUGUCGGACGAGCAGAUGACUCUGAUAAAGGACCGGCGCAUGCGUGGGACUAACCGCAGGGUCGUCCACCGAAAGAGCAUGCAGUACAACCACCUGGUUGGCACGCCACACCACUCCAGCGACGAGGAUGAAGGCGGUUCUUCGGACCAAGUACAGCAGCGAAGCACGGGGCAGCCUACAAUUAAGAUUGAUACAGAUGUCGAUGACGACGCAACACCGACCGGGCCCGACGACUCGCGCAGUCCACACCCGGAAUUUGCUCAUGAGGGACCCAGCAUUUGGGGUAAGCGCCAGUCUCGACCAAACUCGGAGCCACAGUCGCCGGAGGUCACCCAGCGCAAGAAGCAGAGCACAUCGCAUCAUUCGGAAACAAUGCGCACGAGACUUGCCACGUCAUCCAUGAUCUCGUAUUUCAACGAUCGCAUCCUGACGCCCGAAAUGAUGCGCGCCAUGAUCAUUUUGUACAUUGGACCCCACAACCGACCUGAUUUCUCGACCGACUACCUUCUUUCUCCUGUUCUUGCGCCCGAUGUCCUGCUGGCCAAGUUCCCGAAAACUUACUUUUGUACCGGCGAACGCGAUCCACUGGUUGACGAUACAGUCAUAUUCUCUGGCCGUCUCCGCCGCGUCAAGGCUGCCGUCUAUGCCUCGGGAGGACGCAGGUUCGAAUAUCAAGACACCGACAGCCUAGCACCUGGUUUCAACGAGAAGGAUGUGGCCGAGACGGUGCUCAUCCCCGGGAUAUCACAUGGCUUCAUGCAGUUCCCCAGCAUCUACCCGCCGGCCCGCAAGUGGAUUGACCAGUCGGCCAGGUGGAUCGAGGAGGCGUUUGCGGCCGCGGAAGUGCGCGAGCGAGAAAGCCGCAGGAACUCGAUCGCCACGCCCAAUGGCGGGCUGCGUAUCACCAACGGCGAGGGCCGGGGUCUUCACUCACGGGCCGACAGCAGCGGGGACGAGUUUGACAAGCCUCUCGAGAUGACGGUCGUGCGGCCACGGGGCCGGACUGCGAGCAGUGGGAACGCAGACCGUCGGUCGUACCAUCGCCAGCAGCAGGAACGACACCAGAGGCCGAGGGGAAAUAGCGAUGGCGCUCAGUCACAGCCGCAGGAGGGCGCUUCUUCAUUGAGCACCAACACCCUGGCGCCCGCCAAUGGGACCAGCAAUGGGAACGGAGGCAAGCGUAGGAGAGGGAAUGGGGCAAAGAAGGAAUACAAGGAUGGAAAUCUCAGCCGGCUGGCAAGCUCUGACGAUUUACUAGGGAGAAGAAUGCAGGGCCUUGCUGGAGGCUUGACGGGCUUGAUUGAGGAGGAAUGAUUUGCUUGCUGUUUUGGAAAUGCGAGGGUUGCGAUUUUUAGCCAGGAGUAAACGCUGAGAGGGCUCAGUUUGUGAAUAUGUUGCCAUUUUCGAGUUGUAUGGGAUAGGUUCAACAUAGAUGUCAAGUCUCAUGGCUUUUUUUCUCAUCAUGGAAUAGCAGUUAAGGAUGGGCGUUACUAUCAAACAACCACUUUGCGGCCCCACCCAGAAUUAACACAGAUGAGACGAUAAAGUACCUGCACUGCUACGCAACCGCGUUCCUCCCUCGGCCUUUACCUACCUGCUCACCUAUCUACUUGUACCCAUGCUCU